CUUAGAGGUUUCUCGUGAGAAAAAUUUGACUUCGUCUGUGAGGGAGGGAGUGGACACAAUUCUGAUGUACCUGUACAGAGCUUUAAACUGUGUUCAUGAUAUGGAGAAGCUUGCAUCAAACGAGAAUAGUUGUGUUGUGUGCAGGAGGAGUUAGAGACUCUAUUAGAUGACUCUGGGCAUUUACGAACACUUGCCUUCUUAUAUGCGUCUAAAGGGAUGAGCUCAAAGGCUCUUGCUAUUUGGCGUAUCUUCGCACGAAAUUAUUCAUCAGGUCUAUGGAAAGAGCCUGCUACAGAGAAUGUCUUACCUGAUGGUCAGACCACCAUAAUCUCUGGCAGGGAGAUUGCUGCAAGUGAGGCAUCAAAUAUUCUUGAGAAGUCCUCUGAUCAAGAUUUGGUUUUGCAGCAUCUUGGUUGGGUUGCAGACGUAGAUCCUGUACUUGCAGUUCGAGUUUUAACAUCUGAAGAAAGAACAGAACAACUUUCUCCAGAGAAAGUGAUUGCUGCAAUUGACUCAAAAAAGGUUGAAAUUCUUCAAAGGUACCUGCAGUGGUUGAUUGAAGAUCAGGAUUGCAGUGACAUGCAGUACCAUACAUUAUAUGCUCUCUCACUUGCCAAGUCUGCCCUUGUAGCCUUUAAAGAAGAAAGUAGUUGCUUAAGGCCUGAUGCUGGAAAGCUAGAAAGAGAAAUUUCUGAUGCUGGAUGGAAUUUAAUUUUUCUAAGUCCUGUACGAGAAAGAUUGCAGAUUUUUUUACAGUCUUCAGAUUUGUAUGAUCCUGAAGAGGUCCUUGAUUUAAUUGAAGGAUCAGAGUUAUGGUUGGAAAAGGCUAUUUUGUACCGAAAAUUAGGGCAAGAGACACUGGUCCUCCGAAUUCUGGCUCUGAAGCUGGAAGACAGCGAAGCUGCGGAACAAUAUUGUGCAGAGAUUGGCAGACCAGAUGCUUAUAUGCAGUUGCUUGAUAUGUAUUUGGACCCACAAAAUGGUAAAGACCCUAUGUUUAAGGCUGCUGUUUACCUUCUUCACAAUCAUGGAGAAUCACUUGAUCCUUUGCAAGUUCUAAAGAAAUUGUCCCCCGAUAUGCCCCUUCAACUUGCAUCUGAUACAAUUCUGAGAAUGCUGAGGGCUCGACGUCAUCAUCAUUGUCAAGGACAAAUUGUACGCAAUGUAUCCAGUGCUUUAGACAUUGAUGCAAGGCUGGCGAGAUUGGAGGAAAGAUCACGAUACGUGCAAAUCAAUGAUGAGAGCUUUUGUGAUUCUUGUAAGGCUCACCUUGGAACUAAACUCUUUGCGAUGUACCCAGAUGAUACUGUUGUUUGUUACAAGUGUUACCGGCGUCAAGGUGAGUCCACUUCUGUUAGCGGUCGCGAUUUCAAGCAAGAUAUCUUGUUCAAGCCAGGUUGGCUUGUAAGCUGAUAAUCUAAGAGGGUAAUGUGAUGAGAAGUCUGCAAGUUCAAAUGGCGGCUUUUGUGCUCCUGCAUGUGGCUUUAACUUUAUAUUGCAGCUCUAGCUGGAGAUAAAUGAAGAGUUCCAACAUAAACAUGUCUGUAAUGUCCGGUUUGGGGGACGUGCUCAUUUUCCUUUUCUGUACAUUUAUUAAGAAAUAUGAAUAGGAAGCCGUUUUAUGGUUUUAGAUAUUCAGUAUGGAUGCUCAAAAUUGGCGGAUACAUCAGGCACAGUGGAAAAAGAAGGAAAAACGAAAAACGCAUUUGGAGCUUCCUCAUUCUCCUUGCUAGUUGCAACUUAGCUUGCCUUAUGAGCAAGGAAAAUAAUAAAAUGCAAAUUGUAAUUGUACUCUUGAUACA